UUUACUUUGCACAUAUAAGUAAAACGCAGUUAUUUUUUGUCCUGCAAACAUUUUAACAAGAUGCCGACUGCUGUUGUGUUGCUGGCAGAAGGUGCAGAAGAAAUGGAAACUGUCAUAUCGGUUGAUGUCUUGCGUCGUGGAGGUAUAGAUGUGAAGUUGGUGGGGCUACAUGGGACUGAGCCAGUGCACUGCAGCAGAGAUGUAAGAAUUGUACCCGACACCACCUUGGCAGAGGCCCAGAAGUCAGCUCCGUACGACGUAGUCGUCAUGCCAGGGGGAGCAAAUGGAGCCAAGAAUCUCGCAGCUUCCUCUGAGGUUAAAAGUCUCCUAGAAUCACAGGUGGAGAACCACAAGUUAAUAGCUGCCAUUUGUGCAGCUCCAAUAGCAUUGGUCAGUCAUAAAAUAAACCCGGGAUCCAAAGUAACGUCACAUCCAUCAGUCAAAGGAAAAAUGGAGGAAGGUAGCCAUAAUUCCUUGUACAUGUAUAUUAUUCUGUACUGUAUACUAUACAUAUAA